AUGCGCCACACACUUCUCGCAUCUUCAACACAUACUCUCCGAAAAGCAGUUAAGACCCUGGGUACUUUUCCAUCAUCGUCGGUGAUCAAUGCUGGUCUAAAAAUUACAAGAAAUUUGAACAGAAAGAACAACGAUUUAAUUUCCUCCUCUACAUCAUGGAAUUUAUUGGAAACAUCGAAAAAACACUUUUCCACUUGCUCUAUUCAACAUCAAGAGGCGCUUCUUGAGAAUGAAGAAGAACCUAUUGAAAGAGAAGUUAUGGAGUAUGACGUAGUCAUUGUAGGUGCUGGGCCAUCGGGAUUGUCCUGUGCUAUUAAAUUGAAACAAUUGUCUCAAGAGGCAGGACAAGAUAUUAGCGUUUGCGUGUUGGAGAAGGGUCAAGAAGUUGGAUCUCAUCUACUCUCUGGAGCCUGUAUGGAACCACGUUCUAUUGAAGAGCUGUUCCCAAAUUACAAGGAUCUUGAUGUACCUUUCUAUACUCCUGCAACUAAAGAUCGAAUGAUGUUCCUUACCGAAAAACGAGCCUUCAGACUACCAGCAAUUGAAGAGAUGAACAAUCACGGAAAUUAUAUCGUAAGUUUGGGACAAAUUGCCAAAUGGUUGGCUACGCAAGCAGAAGCACUUGGUGUUGACAUUUUACCUGGGUUUGCUGCUGACCAAGUUGUUUAUGCAGAUGAAAAUAAUGAUAGAGUGAUUGGUGUAAUCACAAAAGAUGUUGGUAUUGGAAAGGAUGGAAAGAGAAAGGAUAAUUUUGAGCCAGGAAUUAUGCUGAAGGCAAGACAAACAAUCUUCUCUGAGGGAUGUAGAGGCUCUCUCACAAAAACUCUCUAUGAGAAUGUAAAGUUUAAACUCAGAGAAAAUUGUGCUCCACAAACGUUUGCGCUUGGUGUCAAAGAACUUUGGGAAUUUCCUGAUAAUCACCCUGAGUUUGAAUCAGGUUUAAUUAUGCACUCUGUUGGUUAUCCAUUAGAUGCAAAAACAUAUGGUGGCUCUUUCAUGUAUCACUUUAAUGCAAAUGGAGUGAAUAGAAUGGCGCUAGGACAAGUAACAGCUCUGGAUUAUGAAAAUCCAACACUUAGUCCAUAUGGAGAACUUCAAAAGUUAAAACAUCAUCCAUUAUUUAAAAAGAUGCUCGAAGGAGGUAAAUGUAUUGCGUAUGGUGCAAGAACACUUGUAGAGGGAGGUAUCCAAGCCCUCCCCAAGCUUUCAUUCCCAGGCGGUAUUUUGAUUGGUGACACUGCUGGUUUUUUGAAUGUUCCUAAAAUUAAGGGAAUUCACACCGCUAUGAAAUCUGGAAUAUUGGGCGCUGAAAGCGUUUUUGAAGCUCUUGUUAAAGAUGAUGUUGAAGCUUCCACAUUUCAAGAACGAUUUAAGAGUAGUUGGCUCUAUACAGAGCUUUACAAAGAGAGAAAUAUUAGAGCCUAUUUCAAAUAUGGCUUAUAUCCUGGUCUAUUACUUUCUGGUAUUGAUUCAAUCAUUUUCCGUGGAAAAACACCUUGGACCGUUAAAAUGAAUACAACAGAUCAUGCACAUACCAAACCAAUUUCUGAGGUGACUAAAAUUGAAUAUCCAAAGCCUGAUGGAAAGAUUAGUUUUGACUUAUUGACAAAUCUUGCUCGUUCCGGAACUAACCAUAAUCACGAUCAGCCAGCUCAUUUGAAGCUGAAGGAUGAAGCAAUUCCUGUCAAUGUUAAUCUUAAAGUUUAUGGCGGCCCUGAGCAAUACUUUUGUCCUGCUCGAGUUUAUGAGUUUAUUCCAGAUCAAGCAGGUAAUCCAAAGUUGAAAAUCAAUGCUCAAAAUUGUUUGCAUUGCAAGGCAUGUGAUAUUAAGGAUCCUAAACAGAACAUUAACUGGACUGUACCAGAAGGCGGAGGUGGACCAUCAUACUUGGUCAUGUAA